GUAAGGCUCGUCCAACUUUCGAGUUUAGUUCGACUUCGACGUUGAAAUCGGAAACAUACUUUGAAUUUAAAACAAAAAUUAAGAGAUAAAAAUACCAAAAAACUAUGAUUGAGGAAUUUUUUGAAAAUCGCGAAAUUUUUAUUACUGGUGGAUCGGGCACCGUCGGGAAAGCUUUACUGGACAAACUACUGCGCUCAUGUAAUGUUGGAAGAAUCUAUUUGUUGCUACGCCCCAAGAAGUAUGCAACACACAGCGAACGCUUGCGGCAGAUGAAAGAACAUUUGAUUUUCCGUCGCCUGAUGAGCGAAAAACCAAAUGAAUUCGAUCAGAAAGUUACCAUCAUACCGGGAGAUGUGGAACAACCCCAGCUGGGUAUCACCCCAGAUUAUAUGGAAAAAUUGAAAAAUGUUUCCAUUGUUAUACACAGUGCAGCCACGGUGCGCUUCGAUGAACCUCUAAGGCAGGCCAUAAAACUAAAUGUUGGCGGCACUUAUGAAGUUUUGAAAUUGGCAGAGAAAUUCGAAAAUCUUCAAGCAAUUAUGCAUGUCUCAACCCUGUACAGUAAUCCCUAUUUGGAGUAUAUUGAACCCAAGGUGUACCCGGCACCAAUGGAUUGGAAAUUUUGUUUAGAUUUAUGUCAGCGCAAUGAUAUAAACGAUGAUAUGUUGGAUAUUCUGACAAGAAAAUUAAUCAUUGGCUUCCCAAAUACCUAUAGUUUUACGAAAAAUUUAACGGAAUCCAUGGUAAAUGAUUUUCGUCACAAAUUACCCUUGGCCAUAUAUAGACCUUCUAUUGUUAUCCAGGCCCUCGAAGAACCUGAACCUGGGUUCCCCACCGGUUUUGUUGGUGCCAUGGGCAUGUUUAUUGCCUAUGCCGCUGGUAUUCUCAAGGGUGUACCCACAACGCCCAAUAUACGUUUGGAUGUAUCACCGCAGGAUUUAGUAACCAAACAUUUACUCUAUUAUACCAUGAAAGCCACCAAAUCGUAUGAAAACAAUGAAAGGCCAAAGGAUAUACCCAUAUUCCAUACAGCAUCAUCUUCGCAUUCGGAUGUUACAAUCAUAAAAUAUAUUGAACUGAUAAAAGAGUAUAAGAUUUGCGAAGAUGUGGCUUUCGAGAAAAAUUUCCUCAUACCAGAUGCCGUAGUGACGGAGAAUCGGCUGUAUUAUAAAGUUGUGUUUUUCCUUAAACAAUUUCUACCCAGCCUUCUUUUGGAUGGCAUACUGCAGAUGAUGGGCCAGAAGCCACAGCUACUGAAAGUUCAACGAAAACUUUUCUCAACCCUGGACGUCCUAAAGCCAUUUAUGUUCAACAAUUUCGAUUGCAGCGGUACAAGUUGUUUUGACGAAAUGUACAAAAAGUUGCAUGGCACUGAUUUUAAUAUCGAUGUCAUGAAAUAUUAUAAUAACAGAUUUGUGCAUGCCGGUUUUAUUCGCGAUAUGAUGUUUAAAUCGCGCGAAAUUUUAUUAAAAGAAGAUCCCGAGACGAUUCCACGAUCAAGAAUUAUAUUAAAAAUUAAAAUUGCGCUGUAUCGGUUGAUGCAGUUAUACUUGGUCUAUAAGAUUUAUGAUCGUGUAAUUAUGCCAAACAUACCAGAGUGGGAGUGGAAUGCAGAGAGCGCCAAUAAUACAAUGGCUUUUAAUUCUAGCUUUAUGCAGAUGUGUAGCAGUAAGUGAUGUCAUAAACUAACAGUUGUGGUAUAAUACAAUAUAUAGGAGUAGAUGUAUAAGCUAUGUACAUAUGGGUGGUUAGAAUAAAAAUUUGUGCAACUAAAGUAAGUGUUAAAAUAACCCCAAAAAAUUAAGACAAACAAACAGGCUCUGAGCAUAAUAA